AUGAUCUUCUAUUCUGAAUCGAACUGUCACUGCACACAGUCACGAUGCCCGCCCGAUGCGCCUUCCGGAGCCUACACUCCUUUCGCUCCACCGACGACAGGCACCGCGUCCCAGGACCAAGACUCAUCUCGCCUAGAGUUUCUGAAGAAAGAACCAGAGGAGCUCCCUAUCGGGAAAGUCCACUUGGCAUCGAGGAUUGUGGUCAUGAACACCGACGGCAAAGAAGACCAACGCCCCAGGGGCGUAUACUCCAAUGGAAAAAGAGGCGUCAUGGCUUUCGGCACGCCAGGGCGGAGUAAGCGUAACUGGGCCCUGUUGCUAGACAUUGUCGGACACGAGGCAGCCCCCAGCAGUCAGCAAGCCACCUCACCGGCGAUGCUAUUUCUGGACGAAAUCAUGCUCAGGACUGCCAGUCGUGCACACGAUUACGAAACUCAAAUACCAAUACAAAUCCGGGUCGCUGGACGAGUCGCUGGCGGACUGCUUCGGGACGAUUCUAAAGCACUGGAAGCUCCGGCAGACGGAUCCGUCCCGUGCCACUGGGAUUUCGUAGCCAGCCAAGACAAUUGGAUGAUUAUAGAUGACCAGCCAAGGAAGACAACUACGGCGGCGUGCACACAACUGGGGCAUCCCGAACCAUGCUUUUUUGUCUUGCUGUUAUUGCGCCCAGACAAGUAUAAGACCAAGGUGAGUGAUGCCUGGAAAGCCGUUGGCGUUCUGAAACAGCUAGCUGGUUUGCUCCGAGAUGUUGGAUGA